UCUCGAAGUUACAGCUCAAUUGGCUCCGAGAAUGCCAGCUGAAGGCCCAUCUAAUGUGGAAGAAAUUGACUAUGAAUCGAUGCCCGUUGGUUCUGGACUAGGGAUCAACAUGAUGGCUGGGGCUCUGGCUGGUAUCUCAGAACACGCGGUGAUGUUCCCGGUCGACAGUAUUAAAACUCGAAUGCAAGUAUUUUCAACACAACCAGCCGCGGUAUACUCUAGCAUUGGGAAUGCUUUUAUCCGGAUAUCGUCAACAGAAGGUGCGAGAGCUUUGUGGAGAGGGGUUGCGUCGGUCAUAGCAGGCGCUGGGCCUGCUCAUGCUGUGUAUUUCGGCUCUUAUGAGUUCGUCAAGGAGCUGGCGGGUGGGAAUCGUCCAGGGCAUCACCCAUUGGCUACUUCUAUUGCCGGUGCUGCGGCAACCAUAUCCAGCGACGCUUUGAUGAAUCCUUUCGACGUGAUCAAGCAACGAAUGCAGUUACACGGGUCACCAUUUCGUUCAGGAUGGGUUUGCGCUAAAACCGUGUACAAAAAUGAAGGGCUUGGAGCCUUUUACAUUUCCUAUCCAACUACCCUCACGAUGACUGUUCCGUUCACAGCGGUUCAGUUCACAACAUACGAGUUCCUGAAGGACACAUUCAACCCCUCCGGAACCUAUUCCCCUUUGACACACGUUUCGGCCGGUGGGCUUGCCGGAGGUGUUGCGGCCGCUGUGACGACGCCUCUGGAUGUAGCCAAGACGCUGCUCCAGACUCGAGGUCAUUCAGAUGACAAAGAAAUCAGGGGCGCGAGGGGGAUGACGGAUGCCUUCAGGAUAAUAUGGCAAAGAGAUGGAGCGAAGGGCUUUAUGAGGGGUGUUGCGCCUCGGGUGGUAACUUUCAUGCCCAGCAAUGCCUUGUGCUGGCUAUCAUACGAAUUUUUCAAAAGAGUCAUCGGAGGUUACGAACGCGUCAAAAGGUGACGAUUAGAUGUGACAUUGAUUUCCCAACUUUCAUACCUUCGCAAUUGACCGUACCCGAAUCAUUCCCGUCUUGGAUACCUAUCCGCACUGGCUUUCAUGGCGCUCUAGUACAUAUACUGCAACAUGCUACAUUAAUAUCUUUCUUGACACAGCGUAAGGUAUUCUUUGGGUGUAGUCCAG